AUGGUGUGGGCGUGGCAACUCUGGCCGUCGCCUCGACCGCGGCGCCGCACCGCGAAUACCUCCCAGGAGUCCUUUGUUACCUCUGGUAAUGCAGCGCUAUAUGAGACAGUCUCAAAGCCUGGAGGUCUUUGGGCCAUCAGAGAGACGCAUCAUAUAGAAAACCCUGUUGUUAAGGCCGGACUAUCUGGACCUCCAUUACAUAUACAUCUUCGACAAGACGAAUACUUCAAGGUCGAGCAGGGUACAUUGGGUAUAAUCACGGACGGGUUGGAACAAGUACUCACCAACGACGAUGCAGUCCUGUUCAUACCUGCUGGCACGCGCCAUCGCUUCUGGAGCCACAAAUCAGCUUCCGAGAAUCUCGUCUUCUCCGCCUGGGCAGAUCCCUGCAAGGACAGGGACCACAUCAUUGACGUGAACUUCCUGCGCAACGCUGUGGGCUACCUCGCCGAUUGUGAGAGAAACGGCCUGCAGCCAUCGCUUUUCCAGCUCGUUCUGUUCUUUCACAACGCCUCCUCCCUCCUGUCCCCGGAGAUUUGUGAUUGGAUGCCGAUCUGGCUACUCGUUUGGAUGCACAUCGCAGCGGCCUGGAUCGCAGAGACUUUGUUGGGGUACGAGAGGUGUUACCCUGAGUACACCAAAUAA